CAUACAUUUUAAACGAUUCUUUGGAAGUGAUAGACGAAUGAAUGGUUCUUGGCUUGAGGUACUCUUUAGCAAUGACAAUUUGAUCAUGUUUGUCAAACGCCAAUAUAUUUUUGAACCCGACGCUCGCGCUGACGAAACCGACAAAUGGCCGAGACGUUCAAGAAGAGAAAGGAAACUCCUCCCUUCAGAAAUACCACACACGGGCACCCUGCACAGCGCCAUGGUCUCAUGGAUCAUCUCUAGAUUGGUCGUGCUUAUUUUUGGCACACUUUACCCUGCCUACUACUCCUAUAAAGCUGUGAAAUCAAAGGACGUCAAGGAAUAUGUAAAAUGGAUGAUGUACUGGAUUGUAUUUGGACUUUUCACAACGGCAGAAACCUUCACAGAUCUCUUUCUGUGCUGGAUUCCGUUUUAUUAUGAACUCAAAAUUGCCUUUGUGGUGUGGCUGCUGUCCCCCUACACCAAGGGAUCCAGUGUUCUUUAUAGGAAGUUUGUGCAUCCAAUGCUGUCCUCGAAGGAAAAGGAAAUAGAUGACUAUCUCUGCCAAGCAAAAGACAAGAGCUACGAUGCCCUGGUGCACUUUGGGAGAAAAGGCUUGAAUGUGGCGGCUACAGCUGCAGUAACAGCUGCUGCGAAGGGGCAGGGAGCACUGUCGGAGAGGCUGCGAAGCUUCAGCAUGCAGGACCUUUCAACUAUUCAGAGAGAUGAGGCCGGACCUGUCCCCAGGCCGGUCCCGUCAAGGACACCUACCGCACAGCCAAGGUCCAGAACCACUGCUAGGAGCAAAUCAGAAACAGCCUCAGCUUGUAUACACUGCUCUAACUGCGGCCUCUUCUCAGGUGAUGAAGUUGACACCACAGAGUACGAGGUGUUAAGCAACGAGCAGUGUGACGCAAAGGAACCUCUAGUGCACCCUCACAAAGAUGCUAAUGAUGAUAUAAAGGAAAUUAAGCCAGAACCGCGACCGCUCAAGAGAAGGGCUCCAGAGCCUCCCCCUAGAGUCCUGAGGCCUCGCUCCAGAUCAAUGAGUACCUCGUCUUCAAACAGUGAUAACAUGUGACUGUGGGAGGGCCUGGGGACGCUACCAUUGACAUCUCCACCCAGACUGCUUCACUGCCUUAAUGAGAGCACACUUCAGUGACUCAUCAGAAACCAUCAACAGUGGGCAACAGGGAGGUAUUUUCUGACCUGAAGAGAAGAUUAUAUAUCAUGGCAGUGUCCCACUUGCUGUAUGUUUGUGUGUAUUUGUUUUGCUUUGUUUAAGGUGCCAUUUUCCCCUACGGAAAUAGUGAUAGUCUGGUGAAAAAUCAUGCAUGCAUGUUUAAUGUUGUCUGUUCUAUCCAUGGAAAUCAAAGCGCAAACACACACACGCACACCCUUACACACCUUCAUUAUGACAGCACAUGUAGCUUGAACAUUUGUGUAUUAGCAAUUAGAGAAGUGAUAGUCAGGAAACAGUGUCUGGAGACUUUGGUAGGUUCUAAAUGGAACUGGCUGUUGAGGUGACUUCACAUAGCCUUUGUUUGUGCUUGUGGAGCAAGCAACCUCUUUAGACAGGGUACAUGUAUAUUUCUUGAAUGUUAAGGUGGAAUGAAGGAAUUUUUAGAAUAGGUGAAUGCAUCGCUUGCGUUGGAGAUGCAAACAAUGUAGCCUAAGAGUAAUGCUUUCCAACCCCUGGAAAUAGUAAAAGAGAAGCAUCUUAUUUUAAAAUAUUUGCAGUUGAUGAAUAUUUAUAGUUGCAUAUAAGCUAAGGGCUUUCGGAAGCUGUUUAUUUGAUGGUGGUGGCAACAAAAUUCAUUCAUAAGAGUGAAUGUUUCAUUUUUGGAAAAAGGGCUGUAGAGACUUUCCUUAAAGUCCUUAAAAGUAAUAGGGACAGUAAGACUGUACUGUAUACAACUUUAUCGAUGGCUGUCCAUUCUCAGGCUCCCAGAGUAUAAAUCUUCUUUUAAGAUUUUUAGAUUUAAAGUAUAUGACACAAAACUGCUCCAUCCCGGCUCACUCAUGAGAGAGAUCAAUUAUUAUUGAAAUAAACACAAGCCACACACAGUGCAGAUUUCUAUAAUUAACACUUUCAGGGCAGACAGUAAUGGAACUUGUGUUACAACCCAAAGCCCCAAUUGAAGAGUAUCAUUAAAGCAGUGCAAUUCUAAAAAAUGUAGCAUUGUACAUCUCCAUGUGUUGCUACAACUGUUUAAAUAACGUUCCUGUCAUUUUUCUUUUCAUUGUUAACAUCCUGACAACUUUUUACACUCAGGUUUAUUUUAGUUUGAAAGCUCUUUUCUAAAUGGUCACUCUAGCACGCUGGGGUUUGAGAUGUGUCCUCUAAAUCACUGUAGGAAGAGCAAUUAAAAACAAAAAAACAUUAACAGGUGCUCUGGCUUUUCUGUCCU